AUGAAUCGCAUUGUUCCACACUACAAAAACUUACCUGCAAUAACCGAAGGAAUUAUCAAUCAUUUUCGUGCAGUACUUCUUCAAGAUAUCAACAGUAAAUUAGGUUUUCAUCGAACUAAUGAAGGAUUAAAAACUAUUCAAUGGAACUUUCCAGAAAGACAAGAUGGUUAUAACCGAAUAGGUUCAAUAUUAGGAU